GUUCCCCUCUCCGCGGCAUUGGGCUAGGCGGCGGCGGCGCGGCGUGGGGAGCAUCUCUGCAGCCACCGCGCUUCUCCCGUUGGAGCCGGCGCCCAGCUUGACUGCCCCUCGUCCCUUUCCUGCCGCGUCUCGGGCGCCCGGCAGCCCCCGCCCCCGGCUCUAUUCUCUCCUAAGCCGAAAGGGCGCCCUGCAGGAUCCUGCCCCUCUCCUCUCGGUUCCUGGGGCUAGUGCUCUCCAGAGAGGGGCGCUCUCGGAGACUCCUGCCCCGCCGCCCCUGACCGCCGGGGGGUGCCCCAGGGACGUCGCGUCGCGGAAAGGAGGAGGCAAAGGGGACCAUGCGGCGCCUGACUCGCCGCCUGGCGCUGCCGAUCUUCGGGGUGCUCUGGAUCACCGUGCUGCUGUUCUUCUGGGUAAUCAAGAGGAAGUUGGAGGUGCCGCCCGAACCUGAAGUGCGGACCCCCAAGCCUUCCGAUGCUGACUGGGAAGACCUAUGGGAGCAGUUUGAUGAGCGGCGGUAUCUGAAUGCCAAAAAGUGGCGCGUUGGCGAAGAUCCCUAUAAGCUCCAUGCUUUCAACCAGAGGGAGAGCGAGCGGAUCUCCAGCAAUCGGGCCGUUCCGGACACUCGUCAUCUGAGGUGCACGCUGCUGGUGUAUUGCACAGACCUCCCGCCCACCAGCAUCAUCAUCACCUUUCACAACGAGGCCCGCUCCACCCUGCUCAGGACCAUCCGCAGCGUAUUAAACCGCACCCCCAUGCAUCUGAUCCAGGAAAUCAUAUUAGUGGAUGACUUCAGCAAUGACCCUGAUGACUGCAAUCAGCUCAUCAGGCUGCCCAAGGUCAAGUGCUUGCGUAACACUGAGCGGCAAGGUCUGGUCCGCUCCCGGAUACGGGGUGCUGAUGUUGCUCAGGGCACCACUCUGACAUUCCUGGACAGCCACUGUGAGGUGAACAGGGACUGGCUCCAGCCCCUUUUGCACAGGGUCAAAGAGGACUACACACGUGUGGUGUGCCCUGUGAUUGAUAUCAUUAACCUGGACACCUUCAGCUACAUCGAGUCUGCCUCAGAGUUGAGAGGGGGGUUUGACUGGAGCCUGCACUUCCGAUGGGAGCAGCUCCCCCCAAAGCAGAAGGCUCAACGCCUGGACCCCACUGAGCCCAUCAGGACUCCCAUCAUAGCUGGAGGGCUCUUCGUGAUUGACAAAGGCUGGUUCAAUUACCUGGGGAAAUACGACAUGGAUAUGGACAUCUGGGGUGGGGAGAACUUUGAAAUCUCCUUUCGUGUGUGGAUGUGCAGUGGCAGCCUGGAGAUUAUCCCCUGCAGCCGAGUGGGGCACGUCUUCCGGAAGAAGCACCCUUACGUUUUUCCUGAUGGAAAUGCCAACACAUACAUCAAGAAUACCAAACGGAUAGCUGAAGUGUGGAUGGAUGAGUACAAACAGUACUUCUAUGCUGCCCGGCCUUUCGCCCUGGAGAGGCCCUUUGGGAACAUUGAGAGCAGAGUGAACCUGAGGAGGAACCUGCACUGUCAGAGCUUCAAGUGGUACCUGGAGAAUGUCUACCCGGAACUCAGAGUCCCCGAGGAUUCCUCCAUCCAGAAGGGUAAAAUCCGGCAGAGGCAGAAGUGCCUUGAGUCUCACAAGCAGAACCCAGAGGUCCUCACCCUCAGGCUGAGCCCCUGUGCCAAGAUCAAAGGCGAGGAUGUAAAGUCCCAGGUGUGGGCCUACACGUACACCCAGCAGAUCAUCCAGGAGGAGCUGUGCCUCUCAGUCGUUACCUUGUUCCCUGGUGCCCCGGUGGUUCUUGUGCUUUGCAAGAAUGGAGAUGCCAGACAGCAAUGGACCAAGACGGGCUCCCGCAUCGAGCACGUAGCAUCCCACCUCUGCUUAGACACUGAUGUGUUCGGGGACAGUUCUGAAGAUGGCAAGGAGGUUGUGGUCAACCCAUGUGAGUCCUCACUCAUGAGCCAGCACUGGGACAUGGCGAGCUCCUGAGGACCCUGGGCAGAUCCAGCUUGGGCCAGGGCUGGUGCUUGCCCAGGCCAGAACAGACUGGAAGCCAGGCUUUGAAGAGCCACUGACUGCACCAGACGCCCUGAACUGGAGGUGGAGCAAAGCCCCCCCAGGACAGGAGCAGCUGUCUCAGGGAGGAUGGAGGAAAAGAUCACAAGCCAACAGGCUCAGUGACAAUCCCAUGUGUUCUCAAUGUUGUGAAGUUCCAGUCCUGGCCAUAUCUUCCCCGGAUUGGUCCCUGGAGACCCAGACCUAAUGGGAAAUGUUUGUUGUUCCCUCUGUGUUCCAAAGAGGCACCCAUGGAGACCAGGGAGGAAAGUCUUUCUUGUCGCCGGGUCAGGACUAAGUUGAGAGAUGAAGGAUGGAGGUGGUUUUCAGGAGAAAUAAAUAACCUUAGAAAUUGUC